AAGAGGAGCCGUUUGAUUGGUGAUUGCUAGGGGACAGACAGCUUCGGAGCAGGCGCUACCGCUACAUCUUCAACUCAGGGCGAAAAAAAAAAAAAAAAAACAGCCACUUUCCAUCCCUUGUGGAGCUUAGUUCUGCCUUCUGAACCUAGCUUUGUUUUAAUCUUUGAAUGCAGCUAAGCCAGCGGAGACAACGGCUGCUGUGCACUAGGAUAUGUAAUGUAUAAUGUAGCCCCCUUUUUCCAGUCGUUUGUUUAUCAGGUGUGACAGACGGAGCUGAGUCUGGGAAGACCACUGGCUACGACUUCUCUGAUUAGUCCUUGAGAUCAAGAACUUCAAACUGGCUGAAAUGGAUGAACAAAGUGUUGAGAGCAUCGCUGAGGUGUUCCGUUGCUUCAUUUGCAUGGAGAAACUGAGGGAUGCUCGCCUCUGCCCACACUGCUCCAAACUCUGCUGCUUCAGCUGCAUACGACGAUGGUUGACGGAGCAGAGAGCCCAGUGUCCACACUGUCGGGCUCCGCUCCAGCUGAGGGAGCUGGUAAACUGUCGCUGGGCAGAAGAGGUCACCCAGCAGCUGGACACUCUGCAGCUCUGCAGCCUCACCAAGCAUGAGGACAAUGACAAGGACAAAUGUGAGAACCACCAUGAGAAGCUGAGUGUUUUCUGUUGGACCUGUAAGAAAUGCAUCUGUCAUCAGUGUGCUCUGUGGGGAGGCAUGCAUGGUGGUCAUACCUUCAAACCUCUAGUGGAGAUCUACGAGCAACAUGUGACCAAGGUGAAGGAGGAGGUUGCCAAACUCCGCCGCCGCCUGAUGGAGCUUAUCAGUCUGGUGCAGGAAGUGGAGAGGAACGUAGAGGCUGUUCGGGGAGCGAAGGACGAGAGGGUCAGAGAGAUCCGAAACGCUGUGGAAAUGAUGAUCGCUCGCCUGGACAACCAGCUCAAGAACAAACUAAUCACCCUCAUGGGCCAGAAGACGUCCUUGACCCAGGAGACAGAGCUGCUGGAGUCUCUUCUGCAGGAGGUGGAGCAUCAGCUUCACUCCUGCAGUAAAAGUGAACUCAUCUCCAAGAGCCCAGAGAUCCUGCUCAUGUUCCAGCAGGUCCAUCGCAAACCCAUGCAGUCCUUCGUCACCACACCAGUCCCUCCAGACUUCACCAGUGAGCUGGUCCCUGCCUAUGACUCCAGCACUUUUGUUCUAAUCAACUUCAGCACCCUGAGGCAGCGGGCUGACCCAGUGUAUAGCCCUCCUCUACAGAUAUCUGGGCUCUGCUGGAGACUCAAAGUCUACCCAGAUGGUAAUGGUGUCGUCCGUGGAAACUAUCUCUCUGUAUUCUUGGAACUGUCUGCUGGACUCCCUGAAACAUCAAAGUAUGAGUACCGUGUGGAGAUGGUCCAUCAGGCCUCCAGUGACCCAACCAAGAAUAUUAUUCGGGAGUUUGCCUCAGACUUUGAGGUUGGUGAAUGCUGGGGCUACAACCGCUUCUUCAGACUGGACCUUCUGGCCAGCGAGGGCUACCUGAACAUGCAGACCGACACACUGGUCCUUUGCUACCAGGUUCGCUCACCAACCUUUUUCCAGAAGUGCAGGGAUCAGUACUGGUACAUCAGCCAGCUGGAGUCGGCCCAGAGCGGCUACAUACAGCAGAUCAACAAUCUCAAAGAGAGGCUGGCCAUCGAGCUGUUUCGCCAUCAAACGUCGCGCAGCUCCUCGCCCCCUGACCUGAGGCUUGCUGCAGGCACCACAGCCUCUGAAAGAGACCCUCGCUCAGUGAAGAGUGACGAUGACAUUCAGACCACUUUGACCAACACUAAAAAAGGCGAUGAAGAAGAGAGGACCCAGCAGGAUGACUCUAAUGAGCUGUCGGACGGUGACUUGGAGGUAGACUGUCUGACAGAGGAAGAGGUGAACCCGCUGGAUGGCAGCAGCACCUCGGGGAGCUCCACAGCCACCAGUAACACAGAGGAGAACGACAUAGAUGAGGAGACCAUGUCGGGAGAGAAUGAUGUUGACUUUAUUGGGAACCUGGAGACAGAAGAAGGAGAGCUUCCUGAUGACUUGGCUGGAGCCACAGGUGGAUCCAGCUUCAGUGCACGUUCCUUACAUCGCAGUGCUUCUGCUGGUCGUAGUGCCAGCAGCAGCGGAGCUACUGCUUGUGGUGCCGUUGGGCCAGGCACCAACAGCCUCCUGGAGAUUGACCCGGUCAUCCUGAUCCAGCUGCUGGAUCUGAAGGAGCGCAGCAGUGUGGAGUCUCUUUGGGGUCUUCAGCCUCGGCCUCCUGUAUCUCUCCUGCACAGCCAAGCUCAUCCUCACUCCAGGAAAGAACGAGAGCGGCGGCCUCAGGUGGUGCGACGAUCAGCUCCAGACUCAGGGGUCCUGAUCCGCCUCAAGGCUCAGAUGGCAGAAGUCCGCAGCAAGAUGUCUGACGUCAAGAGUCAAGUGCUGGAGGCUCGGGGGUCUGCAGAGCCUCGGCCUGGCCCAUCAGGGGCCUUCAGUGUGGAGGAGGUACCCUCUCACCAUGCAGAUUCAGAGUUGUCAGCUUGUCUUAAGCCCAGUGAGCUGGACCUCCUGGGAAGAGCAGCUGCAGCAAAGUCCAGGCCCUGCCGCCCUGCCAGGAAAUCUGUCUCCCCUGUCCUGGACAGCAGUGGCUCUCUGGUUGUGAAGAGGAGGGGUCCAGAGGAGAUGGAGAAGGACCUGAGAGGAGCAGAAGCAGCCACAGAGCUCAGCCUGCAUCCUAAAGAGGGGCUUGGAGGUAUAGAGGGAGUGCUGAAGGCUGACGGCACCCAGGGCCCCCUUGUGUCUCUCGGCAGUUGCUCAUCAGAGCAAGCCUCCACCUCCAAGCAGCAGUACUCCCUGGAGCAGCAGCUGUAUGGGACCUCGGGGCCAAAGGAUGACAUAUUCUCCUUGGGAGGACCAAGCUACAUGACUACCAGCAAGAACUGUGGCAGUAGAACCAUAGGGGCAGCCAUGUUGGACUGUGAAUCUGAAACCUUAGGAAACUCCCAUCACUCCUUGCUGGAGGGACCCUCUGCACAGCCACAGUCAAAUGAAGAUCAGUCGUCCUCUGUCCUGGUGGCAGCAACAAGCAGUGACAGUGACACUGAGGACGAGGCUCUGCAGAGCAACAACUCUCGCUAUGACAACCAGACUCCUCCCUGCUCAGGAGAGCAGCUUCUUUCUGAUGACAUGAGUCUGCCUGCUGACAGGUGAUUCCCUCUGAGUCGCUCAGGCCUGGCAACUCACUGCUUUAUCCUCAGUGGCUGCACAGCGAUGCAAUAACGGCCGGAGACAACACACAUGCUAGUUACACAGAUCUGUAGAGUAGAAGCUGCUUGUUAUGCAUGAACUUAAAAUGAAGACAAUUCAACAACCUGAUUGUUUGAUCACCUGUUUGUCCAGAAACAGAAACAUUUCUUUCUGUGUCCUAAUGAGAGGCCAGUUAAUUAACUUUUCAGAUGAUCAGAUAAUAUCGACAUCAUUAAUAUUGCGCGAAUACAAUUAAACUGCCUAUUUGAGAGAGAGAGAGAGAGAACAAACAUUACAAUAUAGCCAUCUCUCUUAAAACUGGACUUUUGUCGUAUUGCUAUCUACACUCAGUGACUUGACUAAUCAAUGAUGACCUCAGCAGUUUCUGCAUUUCUUGGUUGUCCACAUUUAGGGAUGUACAUACUUUAACUUUGUUCACCAUGACUUCAGUAAAUACAUCAGAGGAAAACACGGUCAGCAGACAAUGGCCAUUAGUGCGAUGACUGAAUCUCUAAAAAUGUUAGGGGCAUAAAAAGUGCUGAUGUGUCCUGUUACUUUUAUUUUGCAAACUUGAACAUAAAAUUUUACCUGGACUAGAGGGCAUUUGGCCACUUUAAUUAAUAUUCAUCAUAAAUCUGUUACAUUUUCAAUGUAUAAAUCCUUUUCUAAAUCUGACAAAGUCUACAACAUAUGUGCAAGAGUCUGAGGAUAAACUGUGACUAAUCUGUAGCCUGUCAAUAAGAGCUUACGUGUCUUAUAAUGGCGUGCUGUUGUUUAGUUCGGUCUGUCUGGGCUUCAGUCUUGACAUGCGACCGAAGCACCUCCCAGCGUUGGUGCUUAAAAGACUUCAUUCACUCUUCAGACACCCAGUUUUAGUGACACUGCAGCUUGUCGACUGCAGUGCUUCCUUUCCUGAUCUAAACCUCGGUUAGCUUUUCUGGAUAUUUAUGUAAAUGUCUUCCCUCUUAACAACAGUCGUGGAAGCAACUGCGAUAUCUGUCUUCAUUUGACAUUUGAAAAUACUAAAUGAUCAUGGAAUCACAUGGAUUAAAAAACAGCUGCUGCACUGCUUUCUGUGGUUGGAAACUUUGAAGCAUACUGCAGAUCUGACACCAUAAUGAUGCCAAUGCAGGUGUUUUCGCUUCGACAUCUGCUUGGACAUCCCUGACAUCCCCUAUUAUUAUUCAUGUAAAGAAAUAGUUUGGCAUUUUGGGAAAUAUGCUUAUUUCCGGAGAGUUAGAUGAGAAAAUUGAUACUACUCUCAUAUCUGUACACUAAAUAUAAAGCUACAGCUAGCAGCUGGUGAGCUUAGCUCAGCACAACGAAUGGAAAUGGGGAAACAGCUAGCCUGGCUCUGUCCAAAGUUAACAAAAUCCACAUCUGCUCCUCUCCUUUGUUCCCAUUGUGUUGACAUGGAGGUAGAGUCACAGGGUCUCAGACUGCAGAUGUCCACUGAAUCAAGCAGCACUGCUCUCCGCAGGUGGAAACUCUGAGAUAGGUUGCACCUCUGGCCACAGUCAGUGACGUCACAGCAGCAGUUUUCUAUCAGCCGUCAAAUGCACAAAUACCUGUAAUAGGACUUUUUACAGCAGACAUUUUGACUUUUCACUGUAGGAAAAGCACAGCUGUUACUAACCGUGUUACCAGUGGCUCUGUUACAUGGAAGUGAGUCAUGACAGUGAGCCUGCAUGAACAAUACAAGGACUGAAGCAGCUAAAUAGUAUUCAGCUUUAAUUAAUGUUAUUAGUUUUCCUACUGUGAUGUGUUAAAUGUCUGUGAAGAAGGUCCUGAAAAAGCUCAGCAAAGCAUUCUGUUUAAAGGGUCGCUUCAGCCAAAUCACAAAAAAAAACCCAAACAAAAAACAUUUGAGAUUUCUGCCUCCACAACAGUACAAAAGAGGUGAAUGAAGGGCCGCAACUAAUGAUUGAUUCAUUUCUGAAUAAUGUAUCAAUUAUUUUCUCAAUUAAUUGUUUGUUGUAUAAAAUAUCAGCAAAAGGUGAAAAAUGUCCAUUGUAAUUUCCUAGAACACUGGCUGACAUUUACAAAUGCCUUUUGUCCAACCAACUGUAAAACCCAAACGCAUUCAAUUUAAAAUCGUCGAAAAAUAAGAAAACUAGAAGAAACAAUAACAUUUGAGACACAUUCGAAUGAAUUUUUGCCAUUUUUUUGCAUAAAUAAUUAUAGGAUUAUCAAAAUUGUUAUUUUGUUUUUCCAGAAACAGUGUCCCUGUUUGUGUAGAUAGUACACAGAACAGACUGUCAACAGUUUUGAUUGGAAAUACUUUUGAAGAAAACUGUUGACAGUGUGUUCUGUGGAUUGCUCAGAGUAACAGCAAAAUUUUUUCUGUAAAUAGAUUUUUUUUUUUUUCUUUUAAAAUGUCAUUUUUUCAUGCUGCGAGCGCCACAAAUCACUUCCUAUUUAGCUUUAUUGUAUUGGUGAGGAGGCAGAUAUUUCAAUGGCGAUAUCUCCAAACCCAGACAAAUAAAACAAAAAACGAUCAGUGUGUUGAGAUACCACUGGUGCAAAGAGCUUUGGUUUUUUUGCAAUUUGGAUGAAUCGACUCCUAAGGUUUAAACUGUGGUGCAUUAAAGGUCCUUUUAAUUCUCAGAGAACUUGACAGCAAAGGUUUAAAAAUCUAUGUAAUUAUUUAACAUGUACUCUACCGCGCUAAUAGAUCACUUCUCCACUGGUUUCUCUUCAUGUAUAUAUUAUUUUUCACCUCAAUACUCCCAUUAAACGUAACUAACACAUGUCAAACGCUGCUGCAAAACAGUGCACAUUAUUGGGAGAAAGCCUAGGGUUGAAGUGGGAAAAUGUCACAUUGACUGUUGCUGUGUUAUAGCUGGCGAGGUAGAGAACAGAAGAACAACGUACUUAAAAGACCUUUCUGCGCUUUUGUAAGAAUGUUGAUUUACUUUGAAGUGGACCCUGUCUUCUUCAUUGAGCCAUAUCUAAUUUUGAAGGCCGCUUAAUUUUUUAGAUCAAAGAAAUUACAUAUUGUACACUUCUACAGUCAUUAGUUUACAUUGUAAAUAAAUUGGCAUAUGAAGUUUUAAGACCUCGCUGUACAUGUGCCUGAAAGUGCAUGGCUUUAUUGGCUGGAUUGAAAGAGGAAGGACGUCUUAUUUGCACCAAGACCUGUCAGGUGAAAAAGAAAUCAUCCACUAGAAUUAAGCUGAAAUGUAUUCACCUCUACAGAUCCAGUCCAGUUGAUCACACGAUUUCUACUUUUCCUCUUUUGCUAUUGCUUUACACAUUCAUGUACAUGAUGGAGGUAUGGGAAACAGCAGCCACGCUCACACCGUUUAUUAACCUUUUCUCUUAUUUGUGCUUGUUGUGUCAAAAGCUGCUUUUGUUUUGAACGUUCACAGAAUGCAUUGUGCAUUAUUUGUUAUGUACAUUUCCUUUUUGUGUAAUAAAUAAAAUGUUUUACGA